ACAAGUUCCAAACACAAACAAAGCUCAAUCAGCAUUAGCAUUCUCAUUUCAAUGGCUUUCAUGAGUGGAGACAGUGCAACCGAGCUGUUCCAAGCUCAAGCUCAGUUAUACAGAGUGAUGUAUAGCUUCCUGAAUCCCAUGUCAAUCAAGUGGGCCGUUGAACUUGGCAUACCUAAUGUAAUCCACAACCAUGGCCAACCCAUUACUCUUUCUGACCUUGUAUCAGCUCUUGAGGUUCCACAAGCUAAAGCUACAUGUGUCCAACGCCUCAUGCGUUUAUUGGCACACAAUGGUUUCUUUGCAAUCAUAAAAGUUUAUGAGAGCAAGGAAGAAGCAUAUGCUCUUACUCCAACCUCACAACUCCUUGUGAGUGGCACUGACCAUUGUUUAUCUGCAAUGGUUGGGUUCCUAAACGACCCUACUCUUGUUGGUGUGUACCAUCAGUUGGGGAAAUGGACUUGUGGAGAGGACCGCACAAUUAUUGAGACUGCAUUGGGUCCAAGGGGCUAUUGGGAUUUUGUUCAUCAAACUCCCACUCAUAUGCAGGCCUUCAAUGAGGCGAUGGAGAGUGAUUCUCAUGUGAUGAGGUUGGCUUUGAGAGAUUGUAAAUCUGUUUUUGAAGGGCUGGAUUCCAUAGUUGAUGUUGGCGGUGGAACUGGAAACACAGCUAAGAUUAUUUGUGAGGCCUUUCCUAACUUGAAAUACAUAGUCUUGGACCUUCCACAGGUUGUUGAUGGCUUAACAGGAAACAAAAAUCUCAGUUUUGUUAGCGGGAACAUGCUCAAAUCCAUCCCUCAAGCUGAUGCAAUUUUACUGAAGUGGGUGUUACACAAUUGGGGUGAUGAUGAUUGCAUAAAAAUACUCAAAAAUUGUAAAGAUGCUAUUUCAGGCAGAGGAAAAGGAGGAAAGGUGAUCAUAAUAGAUAUUGUUAUAAAUGAGAAGCAAGAUGAACAUGAAAUGACAGAAGUAAAACUUUUAUGUGACGUAAUUAUGAUGACCAGUCUCAAUGGAAAAGAGAGAGAUGAAAAGGAUUGGAAGCGUCUUUUUAUGGAUGCGGGCUUCAAAUAUUACAAGAUAUUUCCUACAUUCGGUUUUAGGUCACUUAUUGAGCUUUAUCCUUAAGCCCUGUUAGAAUUUAUUAAGCGGUUUUGUUUGUGCUGAACUAAAAUUAAAUUGUAGUUGAGGUACUCGGAUAUAACUCGAGUGAUAUAGGUGGCUGGUGAAAUUAGGAGCAUGCAACUCUGAGAUUAUUGGUGACAUUUCUCAAGUUAAAAUGCUCAUUGUAUUUGUGUUGUACUGUAUUAUCUUUCAUAAGUUAUAGGAGACUUUCAAAUAAAAAGAGAUUUGU